UUGCUCUCCUCCAUGGCCAAGCAAGUGGGAUUGAGCUGUCUUGUGGUGCUGUGGAUCUCUGUGAGCCUAAUUUCUGCUCGAAUUCGAACCAACCAGUGGCUAGUUCGUCUUCAAACUGAUGGUCAAGAGGGACGCGACACACUGAAAGCGCGUGCUAAGCAAGUAGCAGCUGAAACGGGGUUCAGAACAUGGUUGGAGGACCAUGAUACCUAUUUCCACCCCAACGAAUUCCUCUUCUUGCAUCCAAACUUAAAAGAGUCGAGCGAAUCUCUUCAGGAUGCUCUAGUCGGCCAUCCAAGUGUUGAAAGUGCUGAACAGUUAAGGGGUUACAAACGCACCAAACGUGGCUAUAGACCUAUAGAAAAGGAGGAACAAGAGUCUUUAGGAAGGUCACUCUCACCACUCGAGGCUGAAAUUGUUCGCGGAUUAUCCUCAGAUCCACUCUUCCGAAAAGAAUGGUACAUUCACAACACAGGCCAAGCUGAAGGCACACCAGGUCUCGAUUUGAAUGUUCUCUCCGCUUGGGCUCAAAACAUCACGGGGAGGGGAGUUGUAACUGCGAUUAUGGAUGAUGGAAUAGAUUACCUUCAUCCUGAUAUUGCACCCAACUACGCAGCUGAAGCUAGCUACGAUUUUUCUGGAAAUGAUGCUUUCCCCUACCCACGAUACACAGACGACUGGUUCAAUUCGCAUGGGACACGAUGCGCCGGUGAGGUAGCGGCUGUUGCCGGCAAUGGGGUUUGCGGUGUUGGCGUUGCGCCUAAUUCACGUGUCGCCGGACUACGCAUGCUUGACCAGCCCUACAUGACCGAUCUCAUUGAAGCUGCUGCUAUGUCACAGGCCAGAGACAUCAUUGACAUCUACUCUGCCAGUUGGGGACCUACUGAUGAUGGCAAAACUGUGGAUGGACCUAGAAAUCAAACUAUGCAGGCGAUUGUUGACGGCGUGAAUAAGGGCCGAGGCGGCAAAGGGUCACUCUACGUCUGGGCAUCGGGCGAUGGAGGCCCAGAAGAUGAUUGCAAUUGCGAUGGUUAUGCUGCCUCCAUGUGGACCAUUUCAAUCAACUCAGCUACGAAUGACGGUCAAACUGCUAACUAUGAUGAAUCCUGUGCAUCGACCCUUGCUUCAACCUUCUCGAAUGGCAAAUCAAUGCUGAGCCUUGACGCGGGAGUGGGGACAGUGGAUCUCUAUGGUAACUGUACCCUACAUCAUUCAGGGACCUCAGCUGCCGCUCCGGAAGCAGCUGGAGUUCUUGCGCUGGCUUUGGAAGCCAAUCCUGAGCUGACAUGGCGAGACAUGCAACAUCUGAUAGUGCUCACCUCCAAGCGCAAUCACCUCUAUGAUCGAGAAGGCACUCACAACUGGACCAUCAACGGUGCUGGUUUGGAGUUCAAUCACCUCUUUGGCUAUGGCGUUCUUGAUGCCGGCGACAUGGUUCGAAUGUCCAAAUUGUGGAAGACUGUACCAGAAAGGUUUCACUGCAUUGCGGGCAUCUUCAACGGACGCAAGGUCGUCACUGUUGGCAAACCUAUCCAGUUAGAACUCUACACAGAAUCCUGUCAAGGAAAUCCCGAAAGCCAAGUUAACUUUAUUGAACACGUUCAGGCAUUCAUAAGCAUUCGAGCCAGCCGAAGAGGGGAUUUGGUGAUGUUCCUUACUUCUCCAAUGAAUACCACUUCAAUGAUCCUCGGAGCUAGACCAAAGGAUUCUGAUUCACGAAGGGGUUUCACUAAAUGGCCCUUUAUGACAACACACAUGUGGGCUGAGAGCCCAAAGGGUACGUGGAAGCUGACAGUGGGCCUGGAUCCACAAAAGCAUCGCUCACACAAAGGUGCAGAUCCCGCUCUGGGGCAUGCAGUGUUGACUGAGUGGAUUCUGAUGAUUCAUGGCACGCAGAAACCGCCUUAUACAGCUUUACCUGAAAGUGCAAGCCAGCUGGUACCAAAAUUAGGUCUCGUGAAGCGACAACACCUAUCUGAAAAAUUUUCAGCAUGA